CGGUUAAUAUUGUUCAUCUCCAUUCAAUCUUCCGGAGAGAUGGAUCGGAGGGAACCAGAUUUGUUUAAUUGACAAUUCCUUCUUUCUUCAAAGGUUUCUAGAUUUACUGUGGGCCGUGAAUGAUGGACUUUGGAGCCCCGCGAGCCAGGCCUAUUAGGCCAAUCCACAAGAUACUAUGGACGGGCUUGGUCUUAAGUUUGGCCCGCAUGGGCCAACAGGAAGACGAACCCAUUGAUUUCUCAGAUGAUGAUCCACUGCAUAUCGUUUUGUCCACCACAUUGGACGACCCGAGCUACUCCGGGGACGGACCACAACACGAGGUUUGCAUCAAGUCCGUCCCUGAGCGUGUGGCCAUUGCUGCUUCUGAAUCUAUUCCCGAGUUCUCGGUGCUGGUUGGAAUACGGGCCCCGUCACUCCUGGACGGCAGGUCCCAGCGUGCGCCCGUGGAUCUUGUCAUGGUUCGAUCUAGAUGGAGAUACCGUAGUGAAAUCUCGGACCAAGGCUCCCAGGGAUUGCUCCACAUUGGGGACUUGUACGCUGACGAGGCCAAAGAGUUUCUCGUGAACGUGUCAGUUCCGAUCUCCUCACUGUCCUCGUCCAAUGAUAGUAUCGAGAGAAAAACGACUCUUUUGGACAUUAGGUGUUCUUACAAGGACGUCAGUGCAUCGUCUAAGAACAAAAUGCAAGUAGUGGAGGGGGACUUGGUCGAUAUACGUCGACCUAACUCCCCCUCCCCAGGGGAAAUGCAAGUGAACUUGGAGGUUGAUAGGCAGAAGAACCGACUACGCGCAAUAGAAGGCAUCACGCAGGCACAAAAGAUGGCUGAGAGUGGAGACCUAGCCAGAGCUCAAGAACUCCUGCAAGCCAAAAGAGAGGAGCUGUUAGGUUCGGUGUCAUGCCAUGCGAACGACAACUUGUCAAUGUGCCUAGUAGAGGAGAUAGAAGAGACGAGGAAACGGAUGGAGAAUAUGCACGUGUAUUGCUCGUCAGGGAGAGCGUAUGCUCUCGCUGGGAUGAGCUCUCAUGCAAUGCAAAGGGCAACGACUCAAGGCGGGCAAGUGCCUGGAACCAAGUUGGCUACGGGUUGCGCCCGCCGUGGAUUUAGCUCCAGGAAAUCUUGUGGUGGUGCUUUCUAUGCAACUCCAAAUAUGGCAAAGAUGGUUGAGAAGUCAAAGAAGGUCACAAAAAAGAGAACAAGAGAAAGAGAAGGAGAGGAGUCCUAGUUUCUUUAUUUACUUAUGGUUUGGGAGAUGCGUACGUGUGAGAUUAUGUUUUUCUUCACGUCAUUAAUAAAGUAAUGUUAUGUUA